AGCUCAUGAUUGACAAGCUGUAUUUUCGAAUGAAGUGUGAAGAAGUAUACGUCAGUCCGUGCUGCUUUGCCAAUGAACCGAUUUUGGAACGCGAUUCCCCUACACCAGAUCACUUGCUUUCAGUCAUCAAAGGCUGCAAUGGUGGCAUUACAGAUUUGACGAAGCGCAUCCAUUACACUCAAAAACAUAUACGUCUGGCUAUUAUUGACUAUGCUGGCCUUUCCACAUCUCCGAGUGACAUUCGAAAAUUUCUCGACACAUAUCCCAAUAUCAAAGAAAUUGCCAUUGACCAUGGUAAAUCAAUUGAAAUUCUGGCUCAACAUCAACUAUUGGAGAGAAACGAUGCUGAAAAAUUCAAUUGUCGCCCUAGUCCUGUUCAGCGAUCAAAGUAAAAAAUACAUUUGUUUGGCAGUCUUCAUCUUUCAAUCC